AUGGCGGGGAUUACGCAGCCGAAACCCGGAGAGCAUGUAAACGCAAAUGGAGUUUGGGAUUUAUUGCAAAAUAAGGGAAAGAUGACCGUGUUCUCAUUGUGCUUGCUCUUGUGCGCGGAUCUACUGGAUUUCGCCGUCGGAUAUUUGACAGUUACCAUAGAGCCCCUGCCUCCUGUCGUUGUGGGAGAGACUGUUACUCUCAAGUGUAACUUCAAAACCGACGGAAGGCUUCGAGAGAUUGUCUGGUACAGGGUCACAGAUGGAGGAACCAUCAAGCAGAAAAUCUUCACCUACGAUGCUAUGUUUAAUACCAAUUACUCUCACAUGGAGGACUACCGCAGGCGUGAAGACCUUGUGUACCAAUCAACCGUCCGGCUCCCAGAGGUACGGAUCUCAGACAAUGGGCCUUAUGAAUGCCAUGUGGGCAUCUAUGACCGGGCAACGAGGGAGAAGGUUGUUCUGGCUUCAGGGAAUGUUUUUCUUACUGUUAUGUCGCCUCCAAACAACAUAUCAGUGGUGGCAGAGAACACUCCGGCCCCAUUCAGUCGAUACCAAGCCCAGAAUUUCACUCUCGUCUGCACUGCGAAAGGAGGGAAACCAGCCCCAUCGGUGUACUUCAAGCGCGAUGGUGAGCUGAUCGAGGUGAUCUCCUACACUCAAGCCUCCACCAGCGAGCAGGGAGGCGGCUCGGCGGGGGUGAGAGGAGCCAGGCCGCUCAUCAGCAGGGACCUGGAUGACACUAAACUGCAGCGCUCCCUCUCCCUCCUGGACCCCGAAGGGCGGGCGGCGCGUCUGUACACGGAGAGCCCCCAGCGCAUCCACACUCAGGGCCAGCAGGCCCACGAGCCCAGCCCGGCGACGGAGGUCAUCCCGGAGACGGUGGUGAGCCGGGAAUUCCCCCGCUGGGUCCACAGCACGGACCCUCUAUACUACUUCAGCCACACUCACCUCCCCCAGAGCGACGGCUCUGUGGUGGUGCAGGCCCGACUCACCUGGACCCUCAACCCUCAGCUGGACAACGACGCCCUGUUCAGCUGCGAAGUCAAGCACCCAGCGCUGUCCAUGCCCAUGCAGACAGAGGUCACUCUAGCUGCUCCAAAGGGUCCUAAACUCUUGAUGUCCCCCACUCGGGCAAAGGUAGGGGACACAGUGCGCAUCACUGUGCAAGGAUUCCAGGUAGGAUCGCCUGGGAACGAGGUGUUCCCCGAGCCCCUAUUCACCUGGACACGAGUCGGGGGCCGCCUGCUGGAUGGCAGCACCGAGCGGGAGGGGAAGGAGCUGAUCCUCGAGCGAGUGCCGGCCGAGCUCAACGGCUCCAUGUAUCGCUGCACGGCCCAGAAUCCUCUGGGCUCCACAGAUACGCACACUCGCCUCAUAGUCUUUGAAAAUCCAAGCAUGAUGAAAAACACACAGAAUCAGAACAAUGGAGCCUCCCGCAUGGACAUGCUCGGACUAACGUGGAUGGCGCUCGUCCUCACAGUGACCGUGGAACUGACGUGAAACCCCUCAUCCGAGACACUCUCACUCACGCACACACACACACACGCACACACACACACACGCAUACCUGCCCUUCUUACACAACAUCCACACACACUUUCCACAAAAUCCUGCAAGCCUUCUCCAGUCAUCAAGAGGCCCUCCAUGCGUCAGUCGAUCAGGAAACAGUACCACCACGGGAUGGCGCGCCACUGUUUUUUGUAACAAAAUAAUAACCAAGAUAAUGAUAUCAAAAGAAGAACGUGAU